AUGUUUGUUCGCAAUGUUGCAGUUUGGGCUGUGGCUCUAAGUGUUACUGUUUCGACGGUUUUGAGCGAGAGUGCUGUUAGUGAAAAAGUCGCGAGGGCUGAAGGAGACGAUGGCAUAGCAAAACGUCUUCUGUUUUCCACAAACCCCAAUGAUUCCAAUGGCCCUUCUAUAGCCGAUCUCUUUGAUUCAAAUGGAGAUGACGAUGAUGACUCGAUCUCUGACUUCGUUUCGCAAUUGCUUGGGGGUGACGGUGGAAACCCUGGCUCGGGAGGUGGUUCUGGCAAUAACAAUCCAGGGAACAACAAUCCGGGUGGUUCUGGCAACAACAACCCAGGGAACAACAACCCAGGAGGGAAUAACAAUCCAGGAGGGAAUAACAAUCCAGGAGGUAACAACGACUCCCCUGGAGGCUCAGGUGGUAAUACUCCUGGCAACUCCGGAAGCGGAGGAUCGAAUGGAUUCCCCAACUUCCCUGGCUUCCCUGGCUUUGGAAAUGGCGGAGGCUUAAAUAAUAACCCAGGCAACAAUAAUCCAGGAAACAAUGGAGGGUCAAAUGGAUUUCCUGGAUUUCCAAACUUCCCUGGCUUCCCUGGCCUUGGAAGUGGUGGUGGUUCAAAUAACAACCCAGGGAACAAUAAUCCGGGAAACAACGGGGGCAAUGGAGGUGUAAACAAUGGAGAAUGGUCUCCCUAUACUCCACUUAUUCAAUUUCUACGAGGCGAAGGAGCUAAUUCAGCUUAUAUUUCCCAAUUUUUAAACAGGUUGGAUGCUACCGCCGUUGCCGCCUUUCUACGUAGAGCUGGAUUUGCUUCUCUCGCCGAAUUUCAACAAGAGGCUGCUGCAGGUCUAAUCUCAAUUGGCGACUUUCUUACUUUUUUGGAUGCACUCUCACGCUACAAUUUCUUACAGUUACUGGGAUUUCCGUUCAUUAUUGGCUUUCCAAACCCACCCGUAUCUCCAAGUGCAACUAGUUCGCUAGCUAUAGUAACCCCGACUACGAGCGUUGGUAUUAUUGGAGGUCCUACGACUACUACGACUACUACGAGACCUACGACAUUCAUUCUUCCUAGCCCUUCAACGUCUUCAACUAGAGCAGUCAUUGGAGGUCCUUCGACCUCACCCUCCACCUCCCGAGUUGUGAUUGGUGGCCCUUCGACAUCCUCGACACGAGCGAUUGUCGGCGGUCCUUCAAGCUCCUCCACCAGAGCCAUUAUCGGAGGCCCAUCCACUACCUCUAACCGUAAUCCUAUUGGCGGUCCUUCCACUUCUUCAACAAGAGCCAUUAUCGAAGGUUCUUCGACUUCGCCUUCCACGUCCCGAGUUGUGAUCGGUGGCUCUUCAACUUCCUCUACUCGAGCUAUUGUCGGCGGCCCUUCCAGUUCCUCGACGAGAGCAGUCAUUGGAGGUCCUUCAUCAUCUCCCUCAACCAGGGCUGUUGCUGGUCCUUCAACUUCCUCUAAUCGUCCAAUUAUUGCUGGCCCUUCAACUUCUUCGACCAGGAAUAUUAUCGGAGGUACUACUUCAAGUGCAAGAUCGUCUACUUCUACAGACUUGAUAGCAACUUUUAGGACGUCUAGCACUAGUUCUUCGACCAGAGCACUUGGAGCGGGUAGUUUAUCAUCGAUCUCUUCGCGGAUUUCCACUCAAGGACUUGGAGCAUUGUCCAGCUCUAGUUCCUCAUCAACACGAGUGAAUGCCUUGUCUACAAGUUCUUCGGUCCGUUCCAGUACUAGCUCCUCGCCAUCUUCAUCUCGCACUGCUACCUCGGCUGUUGGCCUUGGGGCUAGUUCUACUACAUCUCGGUCAUCAUCUUCUUCUCGAAGUACCACAGCCGUGGGUCUUGUGGCAAGCUCCACUUCGACUAGGACAUCAUCUUUCUCUUCCUCCUCUCGUAGCAUUACUUCAGCUGUAGGUCUAGGGGCAAGUUCUACUUCAUCUCGGUCAUCUACCUCGAGUAGUAGAUCUUCAACCCUUUUGGCCGUCGUUAGCUCUAGUACUAGCCGGUUAUCUUCUUCCAGUUCACGCACAUCGUCUUCAACCCAGUUGGGUCUCGGUGCUACCACUAGUACCUCAAGAUCUACCACUCUCUUCUCAUCCACUAGAACUUCAUCCACCAGCUCUAUUCGUCCAACUACGAGUGCCGCUUCUGAUUUAUUAGUAUCACCCAAUGGAAGAUGCGGACCUCAAUCUAAUUCCUUAUAUACGUGCCAAGAUAGUCCUAAUGGGAAUUGUUGUUCGAGAUUUGGAUUUUGCGGUCAUGAAGCUGAUUGGUGCACGGCUGGCUGCAACCCCGCAUUUGGAACCUGCGGACUGGGGCAGUACCAAGGAUUGACGACUUCGAGUAGUUCAACCGCUGUGGGCCUUGCUGGAACUUCUAGCUCCACUUCUAGAUCAUCAUCUAGCUCUAGAUCUUUUUCGUCAUCCCCUGUCGGCCAAGGAUUAAGCACCAGUUCUACAAGAGCAGCUACGCUAAGUACCAGUCCAACUGCACGGCUUGUUGGAACUUCUAGUUCGACUUCUAGAUCUUCUUCAUCAACGGCUGUGGGCCAAGAAUUAAGUACUGGCUCAACACGAGCAACUGCUUCAAGCUCUAUUUCUACAGCACAACUUGUUGCUGGAACUUCCGGUUCUACUUCCAGCUCAACAAGAGCACCUACUUUAAGUACCAGCUCGACUGCACGGCUUGUUGGUACUUCCAGUUCCACUUCUAGAUCCUCGUCAACAUCGGCUGUGGGUCAGGGUCUAAGCACCACUUCAACAAGAGCAGCUGCUUCGAGUACCAGCUCAACAGCAAGGCUCGUUGGAACUUCCAGUUCUAGCUCGAGUUCCAGGUCUUCAACAUCAUCAGUAGUCGGUCAAGGAUUGAGCACUAGUUCAACAAGAGGAUCCACCUUGUCAUCUAGUACAAGACCAAUUGCCGCCACCGUUAGCACAAGUUCAACACGCUCAUCCACAGCCGUCGCUACUUCCGCUAGCGCAUGUAGACCAGUCGCAGCCCCUGCUGUGACCCUCUCCUUGACCGCAACUGACUGCUGUCAAUACUACAUCACCAAAUCUGGCGACACAUGUGCCAGCAUUGCCUCUCGUCCUGGCAUUCCCGGCUUAAAUCUCGUUGUUCUAGCUCUUCUCAAUCCAAAUUUAAGAUGUGUGGGACAAGGACCCCAAGUUGGUGUCGCCGUCUGUGUUCUGAAUAUCCAACUAUCCCUCGUAGGCAACCUUGUAUCACCUGGCGAUCCCUCAACCGUAACCUCUUCGGCUAUCGCAACUCCAAGCCCAUCUCAGACAGUGCCUCAAAGCUUCUUUAUUCAGGCUCAAAAUUCUGGAACGGUAGCUGAUGGCACCAGUCUUAUGAUUCAACAAGCAGCGGAAUAUUUUGCUGGCUUCAAUUUGAAUUAUGGUCAGUCAGUUUUCCCAUUCACUUAUGACCCUGCUACCGGAUACUUGACAUCGGGCCUAUAUAUUCUAUGGGCUACAGCAUCAUAUUCACCUCCAUCCAUCAAGGUGGCUCCAGCCGGUUUUACAGGAUGGGUAGUUCCGGCUUGGCCAUUGGUUUGUAGCAUAGAUGGCAAUUUGAAGGUGUCGUGUACGGCCAAUGAAGGUCUUUAUGGGAAAUUUUACCUCAUAAAUGCAAACAAUGACGGACAAACUGAGCUCGCUAUUGGAAAUGGCGCAACAACAAGUUCAAUCAUCGUUGCGCCAGUUGAUCUUUAUCUCGUCGGCAAUGAGGAGGAGGAAUAG